UUUACUUCCUGUUUUUCACCUUUAGUUUUUAAUAAGUGAUCGUGACAGAGACCCGCAAUGUAACCUCCACUGCUCCAGGUCCCCAACCAAGCCCCUCUGUGCUUCAGAUGGCAGGACGUACGAGUCGAUGUGUGACUAUCAGAGAGCAAAAUGCAGGGAUGCAAGCCUGAGUGUGGUUCAUCGAGGCAGAUGUAAAGAUGCUGGUCAAAGCAAAUGCAGAAUAGAAAGGGCUCAAGCUCUGGAUCAAGCAAAGAAGCCGCAAGAAGCAGUCUUCAUUCCAGAGUGCACUGAGGAUGGAUCAUUCACCCAAGUGCAGUGCCAUACCUAUACCGGAUACUGCUGGUGCGUCACUCCAGACGGCAAACCCAUCAGUGGUUCUUCUGUACAGAACAAAACUCCUGUAUGUUCAGGUUCAGUAACUGACAGGCCUUUAGGACAGGGUAAUUCUGGGAGAAAAGUUUCUUUUCGAUUCUUUUUAACUCUCAAUUCAGAUGAUGGUUCGAAACCAACACCCACCAUGGAGACCCAGCCUGUUUUUGAUGGAGAAGAGAUCACAGCUCCUACCCUUUGGAUUAAGCAUUUGGUCAUCAAAGAUUCCAAACUGAACAGUUCUAGUAUGAAAAAUUCAGAGAAAGUUAACUCAUGUGACCACGAGAGGCAAAGUGCUCUUGAAGAGGCCAGGCAGAACCCUCGUGAGGGGAUUGUUAUCCCUGAAUGUGCCCCUGGAGGACUGUACAAGCCAGUGCAGUGUCACCAGUCCACAGGAUAUUGCUGGUGUGUUCUGGUAGACACUGGCCGACCUCUGCCUGGUACUUCCACCCGAUACGAGACCCCCGUGUGUGAAAGUGACGCCAGAUCGAAGAGCCCAGAAACGGAUGACCCUUUCAAAGACAGAGAACUUCCAGGCUGCCCAGAAGGGAAGAAAGUAGAAUUUAUUACAAGUUUACUGGAUGCUCUCACCACAGACAUGGUACAGGCCAUUAACUCAGCAGCACCUGCUGGAGGCGGAAGGUUCUCUGAGCCUGAUCCCAGCCACACGUUGGAAGAGCGGGUGGUCCAUUGGUAUUUCAGCCAGCUGGACAACAAUAACAGCAAUGACAUCAACAAGAGGGAGAUGAAGCCCUUCAAGCGCUAUGUCAAGAAGAAAGCCAAGCCCAAGAAAUGUACGCGGCGCUUCAUUGACUACUGUGACCUCAACAAGGACAAGUCCAUCUCACUACAAGAACUGAAAGGGUGCCUGGGCGUUGGGAAGGAAGGAGGGAGCGUUGGAAGUUUCCCCCAUGGAAAAAGACAAGGUGUUAACCCUUUCAUCGGACGUCUUGUCUAAGAGCUGAUGGAAAAGCAUGAACCAGAUGGAAGGAAGGACGAACCGGACACAUCGCCAAUUGAAAACACUCAGGUGGAAAUGGCAACAUCCAAUGUAGCAGAAGUGGCCACCACAACAUUUGCACUUUUGGAAAAAAAAAAAUAACGAAGAGGGGUGGAAGUUGGUCUACUUAUUAUGCCAUUUUAUAUAGUACUUUAGAGAAGAAGAAAGAGUAAACAAAGAAAAAAGAAAGAUAAAGAAAACUGAACAGCUACUGAUGAGUUAAAUGUUAGGGAUUUGCUUGGACUUGAAGAAUGAUGUUUAAUAUACUGUAUAUAAAUGUAAAUUGUACAGUUGUCUUGUGCUGGCCUUAGUGUGACUAUUUGGUUUCUGCCUAUGACUUUUUUGAAGCUGGUUUAGAUUAAAGGGGUACAGAGGACUCUGGAAUCCAGGGAUGCAUUGGUUUCUGCAACCAAUCAAAAUUCAACUUUUUUUCUUGCACAAGCAUCAUCAUGAUUCAAAUAAGUCAACAGUGUUGGUGGCUCACACAUUACUUGAACACUGUGUGUGCAUGUGUGCACGCUCACAUACGCAUCCAUACACAAACACAAAUGCAGAAAAUGGGACUAGUCAGCACUAGUCCCACUCAGAGUAGUUUCUCCCUCUGGAGCAUCCGAGGGCUAAUUUUGUAUAGCUCAACUAUGAUCUCUCAACCAGCCAGUGCUCAAGGCCAAGACCGCCUUAGCUACAGCAGUAUGACAGUUUCAUGUGCUUUCAGGGUUUGCUCCGAUAUUUUGUGUUAUGGGGUUUAAAGCUAAUUGCUGCAUUGGCAUGAGAAUAGCUUUCCCUACCCCAUGCUAAAUCUUAUUCCUGCUGGACUAGCUGCAAUCAACCUCCUGAUUUUGUUUGGGUCUUGGAUGAAUGUUGAUAAAAGCACAUGUCUCCCACACUUUUGCAGAAGAAAGAGGCGUGGGGAAGUAAAAGGCUCUCCUGUCAAUAUAAAAUGGAGCAGGAGGCGGCAAAACUGUUCUUAAAAGAUAGCAUAUGUGUGCUAGCAGUAUUUGUGCUGUCCUUGUUCCUGUACGUUUGCAGGGUCUUUGUGCUUAAUAUCUCACUGUUGAGAAAUGAGGGAUCUGAGUGCUAUAGGUGUGCUUCCACCUUUUCUGUUGGAAGUUGUCCUGCAAACUUGAUUGCCUUGGGUUCCUCUGCUUGCACCGUGAUUUGUGAAUCCAUAUAAAUGCUCCUCAAGAGCAGUGUGGCAAUGCAUCUCCAUGUUUUAGCAGUGGGCUGUUGCAAGCUGAAAUACUCGAACAUCAUUGUAAAAUGGCUGCUUUUCAAGUAAGUCACAAUGGUGGAUUUACAGGACAGUGCCUUGCCCUCCCCCCCCCCUUUAAAUAUUUUGGCUUCAGUUAAGGUAUAGACAGUUGAGUCUCAGUUACCAUAGAGGAUGCUCAAGCUGAGGAAUAUCAUGCUUUCUGGGGUUUCAUGCAUGGCCACUGUCCUUUGAAACCUUCUGGAGAACAUUCAGCCACACUUUUAUUGGAAGUAGCCGAGUCAUAAGCUCACCUUAAGCUGAUGCAAGAUAGUGUGUACGGACUGUUUUAUUUAGUGGGAUUUUUUAAAAUGUCUAUUUUGAUUGGAAUUGGUAGCAGAGCAAUCAAUAGUCUGUAGUAAUAGUUCAGACUCUGAAAUAAACCCCAAUAGAAAACACCAGGGGUCAUGUUCUACUGUUGAGAAGCAGCCCUGCACCGUCUUUCUCAGAUGGUUGUUCCAUUAUGGUGUCUGUUUUGGCAACCCUCAAUAUGUCACUUGACAGGAACAUACGAAGCUUGUUGGUCCUGGCUCCUUAAAUGUCCAGCAGAAGCGAAGCAAGGUUGUGAAAAUAGUAACACGGUUCUUUGGAUUCUGAAUCUUAGUGGACUUCUCUGUGGGUAAAAGAUUUAAACUGGCCAGAAAAGUUUAGAUGCUUCUCUUUGAAAAGCUGUGCCAAUUUUUUUUCGCAAGUAUAUUUUUAAUGUGAAUCUUUGUCUCAUGGAACAGCAGCACCCACUGCUGGCUUCUCUUGCAUGUCACAUACAAUGUAUGUGCCUUCCCCCUCUCCAAGCUCCUCUCUGAAUAUUCCCCUCUUCUUUUGUAAACUGAUCGUAUUGUGUAUGUGUAUUGUGUUACUUGGUUUUAUUAUACAGUGUAAAAAAGUCUUAUGUGGCCCACUUGACCCUGUUGUAGGAAUGAAGAACAACUUGUAAAGAA